AAACCGGCCGCAGGUAUCAUCAUCCACCUUUACCUUACAAGAAGCCAAAUUUUACUACCAAAAAGUAUUUCACCUUAAAAUAAUCCAAUCUUCAUCAUUGACCAGAUCCCUUCACUUGUUUCAUGUCACACCCCUUAAUAUAUGAUCCCCAAUUUAGAAUAAUAAUCAUAUGCUAUCUUCUUAUCUACUCCUUUUUCAUCCUCCUUCAAUUGAGUAGCAACUCCUCUCUAUAUUACUCUUCAAACCCUCUCUUUCUAAUCAUCAAAAUUCUAUUUCUAUCAUUGUUAGCAUCAACAUGGAAUUCCCAGCAGACAUUCCAAUGGGAAGAUCACCAAGAAGAGAACUCCAAGGUCCUCGUCCAACGCCUCUUAGAAUAAACAAAGACUCUCACAAGAUCAAAAAACCACCUUUGGCUCCACAAGCCUCACAGCCACCGCAACGGCCGCCGCGACAACCCAUCAUAAUCUACACCGUCUCCCCAAAGGUAAUCCACACCACACCCAAUGACUUCAUGAACCUUGUUCAGCGCCUCACCGGGUCCACCGCAUCGUCUUCUUCUUCCUCUUCCUCAUUCACCCAGGUGCCGCCGGCCAAUGAUCCAUUCCAAGGCAACACUGGAAUGGUAUCACCGGCGGCACGGUAUGCUACCAUGGAGAAGGCCAUGUCUCCCAUGGGAAAGAAGCAGGUCACAACAACAGAUGCUGACAUGAGUGAUGUGGGACUUGGAGGUGUACAGUUGAUGAAUCAUGGUGUGGUGUUGGAGAGACAAGGCAUGUUUCAAGGGAUUUUGUCUCCGGGACCGGCUUCCCUGUCUCCCAUUCCUGCAAGCUUCUUCUCCCCGCCCGCAGCGUCUUCGGACCCAGGCAUGGCUAGCUUCUUUCAGGAUCUGAGCCCUGCCUUUCACAGAAAUUUCAUGGAGGGUGGUGGUGGUGGUUUCAUCUUGCCUAGCCCUUCAAACUUUGUUUCACCUCACACUCAAUCUAUAGACUUGUUCAACUACUUCUUAGAUUAAUAAGUAAUUAAUUACACUAUUAUUUCAUUUGAUUCACAAACAUACACAAUUGACCUGGAAGAAAUAGAUAGGGUGGUUUUGAAUGAUUACUCUUGUUGAGUUAUUUUGUAGUUUCAGACGACAUAAAAAAGGAGUUGACAAAAUGUAUACUAUUUUGGUGGUGGUUACUGGUUAGCCAGCUGGAAUUCGAAACUUCUUUGUUGGAUUUA